AUGCAGGCCGCCAUCGUACUCUGCUUCGCUGCUUUAUUAGCUUGCACCUAUGCCAUGGUGUACAUCCCACCCGGCUAUCUGGAAACCCACCCAGAUUUUAACCCGUACUCUAAGUCAGUACGUCAGCCAAGGGAUCUGACAUGGCACCGCAACGCUGGAAGAGGCCAGAUCUUCGGUACUUUGGGGAGCACGGACGAUUCUUUAUUCGGUCGUGGAGGUUAUAAGCAGGACAUCUUUAACGAUCACCGUGGACAUCUUCAAGGCCAAGCUUAUGGCUCUCGAGUGCUCGGUGCUAACGGAGACAGCACCAACCUCGGUGGUCAACUGCACUGGUCCAAUGACAACGCUAGGGCUGCUCUGGAUGUCCACAAGCAGAUUGGCGGUGGAAGUGGUAUGUCCCUCAAUGGUGAUGGAGUAUGGAAACUGGAUAAGAACACCAGAUUUGUCACUGGAGGAAGUUUCCAGAAGGAGUUUGGGCAUCACAAACCUGACGUUCAAAUCCAUGGCGCUAUAGAACAUGACUUCUAA